AACAAAAUUGUACCAAACCCAAAGCAAAUCAAGCAACACACACACACACUUCGAGCAAAAUAACAUUGAGCCUUUGCAACUCUCAACUCUCAACUCUUUUAAGCACUUGUCAAUUUCUGCGAAAAUUAAAGCAUGGUCGCCGAGCGAGGUACCGUGUGUGUGACCGGUGCAGCUGGUUUCGUGGGGUCAUGGCUCGUCAUGAGACUACUGGAAGAGGGAUACACCGUCAGGGCUACCGUGCGCGAUCCUGGCAACCCCAAAAAGGUGAAGCACUUGCUGGACUUGCCCAAAGCAAGUACGCACUUGACGUUAUGGAAGGCCGACCUUGUCGACGACGGAAGCUUCGAUGAAGCCAUCCAAGGAUGCAGCGGUGUAUUCCAUGUUGCCACGCCUAUGGAUUUUGAAUCCAAGGAUCCUGAGAAUGAAGUGAUAAAGCCAUGUAUCGAGGGUGUACUGAACAUAAUGAGAUCAUGCGCCAAGGCAAAAACUGUUAGGAGGGUUGUAUUCACAUCCUCUGCAGGAACUGUAAACGUUCAAGAACACCAACAGCCCGAGUAUGAUGAAAGCUCAUGGAGUGAUGUCGACUUUUGCAGGAGAACCAAAAUGACUGGAUGGAUGUACUUUGUCUCCAAAUCACUGGCGGAGAAAGCAGCCUGGGAAUUUGCAGAGCAAAACAAUAUAGAUUUUAUCAGCAUCAUACCAACGCUUGUAGUUGGGCCUUUUAUCAUGUCGUCGAUGCCACCAAGCAUGAUAACUGCACUUGCCCUCAUCACUGGAACCGAAUCUCACUACUCAAUUCUAAAGCAAGUUCAAUUCGUGCACUUGGAUGACCUUUGCAACGCUCACAUUUACUUGUUUGAGCACCCAGAAGCCAAAGGAAGAUACAUUUGCUCGUCUGACCAGGCCACCAUCUAUAGCCUAGCAAAUAUGUUAAAAGAGAAAUUUCCCGAAUAUAACAUCCCCACCAAGUUCGAGGGCAUAGAUGAAAGUUUGGAAGCCGUCCGCUUCUCGUCGGAAAAGAUUAGAAGCUUAGGGUUCGAGUUCAAGUAUAGCGUGGAGGACAUGUACGUUGGGGCCGUAAAAUGUGCGAGAGAGAAGGGAUUGAUCCCGCUUUCCACCGCCGCGGAACCACUUGUCAAUGAAAAUGCAAAAGAGGUACUAGUACAAGGGGAAACUCAAGCCAUUGAAAUCAUUAAUUGAGAUUGAUGAAAAUUAAAGGAUGAUGCUGAUGCUGCUGCUGCUGCUUAUCGUGGUUGUUUUACUUGGGAUUUUAUGUCAGUUCCAUCAUAUAUCUCAAGACUCAAGUUGGGUGGUUGUUUCAGGUUGUCAUAUGUCAACUUUUUUUUUUUUUUCCUUUCGGUGUUUCUUUGCUUAACAACUUUGUUAUGUAUCAGAAAUAAUAAGUGCUAGCUUGGCUUUUAACUAAGAUGAA